AUGCUUUUCUCAAAACGACGAGCUGUACCAACAUCCAUCAAUUCAAAUAUUCAUAUUCAUCUGACUCGUGCAACACCUGUUAAGUGUUUACAUCUAGCUAUGUAUCUCGAUAAUACAUACGGAAAGGGACAAUUCAUCCACUAUUCAUCAUGCGUUGUUCAAGGUGUACCUUUCAAAGUUCAUUGUCCAACAAAUAAACAAGUAGAUGACUGUGCUGUGGUUUAUGUUGAUGAGUCUAAAGAUCUUCGUCUUGGUAUAAUUGUAGGAAUAGUCAAACUCAAACAUACAGGUGAAAUCUUGUUUAUGGUCGAUGAAGCAAAGAUUAGCGGUUAUGAUUCCUUUUUCCUUAAUGGAAAGGAAUACGUAAAUCAUUUUUUCAUUUUUUCAAAAUUAGCAAACCCACGGAGCACUGUUUCGAUCCGUUAUAAUUCAAUCAGAGAAAAAGUUGCAUAUCGAUUAGAUGAAAAUUUCAGUUCUAUUUGUGAAUUCUAUUUAUUUCCAAACCGUCUAGAAUCUACAUAA